AUGGACUCAGUACAGCGAGACGAAGAAAACCCAUCUAUUUUCACAGCUCGAUUCUGGCCGGAGCACCGCCGUCCGUGGUGGUUGGAAUCGCCGCCGCCGCCACCGUCGUUUCUCUCUCUCCAGGCCGUCGUGGAUGUCACCGCCCCCACCAAUCAACUUAGAAGCCGACGUCCAGUAGAUCUCGACCAGCAGCCACCGUCACAUCGCAGUUUGGCCGGAAAACGGAGCCACUACCAUCGUCCGUGGAGGGAAGAGAGUGUUGAGGCCAGCAAUUGGUAUGAUUUGCAUUCAGGAACUAGUGAAGUGAUCGGAAAUCAUGCUGAUCUCUCUACAUGCAUUGGAUAUUCUGACGCUACCUGCCAAGUAAUCAUUACUGGUUUGCACAAGAAAAUAUUAUCCUGGGACACACGUAUGGAGAAGGAUCUUUUGUGCUUGGUGAAUCUAGGAUCAGAGGUGGAUUCUAUGUCAAUUUCGGGAUUUGAUAUAAUGCUAGCAGUCGGAACAUCAGUAUAUAUGUACGACUUGCGUAAUUUAAGUAGAUCAGUCCAAUCAAAAAAAUCUGAUAUGGAUCUUCGGAUAAAAUGUGUCAGCUCAGUUCCUUAUUCUAAAGGAUUUGCAGCUGGCUCAGUAGAUGGACGCGUAGCAUUGGAGAUGUCUUUUUCGGCCAAUUCUGAUGACAUUACUUAUACAUUCCGAUGUCAUCCAAAGUCAGCUAAUAAAAGACUUCAUCUCGUGUCGGUGAAUGACAUUGUAUUCAACCCACUCAUUGGCAGUGCUUUUUUUACUGGUGAUAACAACGGUUAUGUGAGCGCAUGGAAUGCUCAGAGCAGGAAAAGGCUAUUUGAGUUGCCUAGAUACCCAAAUAGCGUGGCUUCUUUAUCAAUGAACCACAAGGGACAACUUCUUGCUGUCGCAUCAAGCUAUACAUACCAAGAGGCUAAUGAAAUAGAAGAGCCACCUCAAAUAUUCAUUAAAGACAUUGGCAAUUGCAGCAUCAGAUCAGUUUCUUCUGGAAGUUCAAGCAGCCACUAACCAUUCGCUGAAAGAAAGAGACUUGAGGUAGAAACUGAGUUAGAAACUUAGAGCAGCUGAAGAAACGACGCGUGGUUGGCAGGCUAGUGUCUUGGGAAGUUGCAUCCCAUUGUAAAAUUUUGUGGCGAUUUAUCUAAUAACAUUUUAUGUUAAUUGGCUUCAUGGGUUAUGUGAUGAUAUAUUCUUAAUUUAGGAGAUGUUUAG